UGGCUGGAUCCACGUGACAUGGGUUCUGUAGCUGGUCUUCAGCUGCUGCUCCGGACGUCGUUGAAGCCAUGAGUUCAGAAAAGCCUUUCAUUGGCUGUAAAAUCGGUUUGAUCUCCAGAGCUCAGAAUCGCUACGAGGGGAUUUUGUACACGAUCGACAAGGUCAACUCCACGGUGGUGUUGGCUAAAGUCAGGUGUUUCGGGACGGAGGGGCGACUCAGUGACAGGCCGAGCCCGCCCAAAGAUGACGUCUACGACUACAUCACCUUCCGUGGAAGUGACAUUAAAGACAUCACUCUGUAUGAGGUCCCCGGGCCUCACCUCCAGCACGGACUCCCCCCGGACCCUGCCAUCGUCCAGUCGUCCAUCCCCGGUCUACCCGGAGUCUACUCGGCUCUGAACCCGUUCAGCUCUGUGAGGAUGCCCGGCUACAACCAGCUAGCUGCUAACCCUCUUCUCCAGCAGCAGUACGCUGCGGCCCCGGGCCUUGGACCUGUGAUUCCAGGUUUACACAUGGGAAGACCGCCGAUGGUGGAGAAGGCUGUCCAAACCCUGAACCUGGAGGCGUUCAGGCAGGGACGGAGCUUGAAUGUGUUCCAGGAAGAUCAGCAGCAGCAGCAGCAGCAGCAGUGGCCGAGGAGGAACCUCCCGAGGAGCAGAGCAGAAGUUUCCAAUCCCAGAAGGAUCGCAGAGAGUGUUGUGAAGCUGCGUCCUGUUGCACCCGUCGAACUGCAGGAAACUCGGAGGCAGUACAACGAAAACAGGCCGCCGCCCAGAAGAAGACAAGGUCCUCGGAGACGCGAUCGUAGCAGGGGACAGUUGCUGGUGACCAAAACUCGGUCCAUCACCCUUAGGUUUGACACCGACUUUGAUUUUGAUUCAUCGAAUGCACAGUUCAUCAAGGAGAAGCUGGAGGUGGAAGGUCAAAGGUCAAAUGUGAAAGGUGCGUUAGAGGUGGAGGAGAAGGACGUGUUCACGGAGGUGGACGAUCACUUCAGACCCAGAUGUUACGACAAAACCAAGUCGUUCUUUGACAACUUCUCCUCUGAUAAUAAAUUCAGGUUGACGUGGGCAGAGGAGCGAAAACGCAAUCUGGAAACGUUCGGUGUUCCUGGGCGCUUCCUCCGGGGUCGUGGUUUUAGGGGCAGAUUUACAGGACAGAGGGGGAGGGGCAGAGCUCAGGUGCCUUUGUACAGAGACCGGGGGGGGCCGUGGUGAAGGUCACGUUAGAGCUCAGGCCGAUGAAAACACAACACCUGUUCUGUUCACGUCAUCAGUUAGACCUUUAUUUUGAAAGCGUUUCGUUGUUACGCUGAAUUAUUUUUUGUUUCUUUAUUACUGUAUCACACGUUGUAUUUAUAUGACCUGGACGUAAACCGGACGAACUGAGGUCGGAUGUGAUGAAGUCUGGAAUGGUUGUGUAAAUAAAGUGGGAAAAGUACACAUG